AUGAAUAAAUCACGAGCGCGGCAGAUUCCCAGCUCAGCUAGAGCGGGUAACGCCAGCUCUGCAGACGGACCAGAAGAGCUGUGGAGGAACCGGCACGUGGUGCUGAGAGGAGACAUGCUGUACAUCUCAGACAAGGAGGUGAAAGACGAGCGGAAGGCCCAGGAGGUGUUCGACCUGGCAGAUUACGAGCGUUCGGAGGAACUCAGGAAAGCAAAGAGUCGCAGCAAGAAGAACCACAGCCGCUUCACACUGCCGCUCGGAGCGAACUCAGGAAAGCAAAGGAAACACCACCGUGAGUUACCACAUUCACACUGCUUCACACAUGAAACACCCGUUCCUAACCUCGUGUUUCUGGCGGUGAGUCCUGAGGAAAAGGAAUCAUGGGUAAAUGCCCUCAACGUGGCGAUCGUCAAAGCCAAGAACCGCAUUUUAGACGAGGUGACCAUCGAUGAGGACGGAGCCUUGGUUCAUCCCACCAGAGACCGGGCAAAGAUCCCUCACGGCCGCCGGCUGCCGACCCGCGGACACCUCAUGGCCGUGGCAUCGACGUCUUCCCAGGGCAUGCUGACCCUGGACCUGGUCGCCGAGGAGGACGGUUUCUCUCCGGACUACGAUGGCGACCCACGGGAAUCCUCUUGGGAGAAAUUCCAGGUCGACUUGGGGGGUUCGUGUGGACAGGUGGGGUCUUCAGGGGUCGGAGUUCGUCAGCGAGCCGGCACCGACGUGUCGAAGCUGCGGGCAACGUCCAAGGAGCCCAAAGUGAAGACCAGCAGUCUGCCCAGAGGGAGUGAGCUGUCCUGGGGCAAACAUUCACACCCUCAAACGCCGCAGCCAGGGAAGAGGUUCAGCAUGCAGGGUCGGAGUCGCUGUGCCUCCAUGGACGAAGUCCUCUCCUCCAGACCGGCGAUGAUUCGCUCCGAGUUUCGCUCGGCUCUGCGGCGUUGUCCGACCGAAGAGGAGGCUGGGGGCGGGGCUUCGGUGCAGCCCGUCGGGCAGCUGCAGAGCCUCAUCGCCCAGAGGAUGCAGAGAGCUCAGGAGCUGCUGGAGGAGAUGAGACUGCAGGAGUUGCAGAAGGCCAAAGCGGAGAGAGAACACGGAGGCAGCUCACCGUACCUGAAGGGCAUCGACUCUCCUCGCCUCCACCACCUCAGGGGCUCUGACUCUCAGCACGCCAGCAAGUCGCCCGGAUCUCCGAGGAGCCGUAGCAGCGACUCUCCUCGACUGCGGGGGAAAGACUCUCCCCGCCUGAGAGGCCGAGAGUCUCCUCGCGCCAAAGCUAAGAGGAAUCGCUCCAAAGGGACCGACUCGCCUCGUUCCAGAGGAUCCCAAUCGCCCGCUGCGAAAGCAAGCGACUCCCCUCGCCUGAAAGAUUUGCCGCGGACAAAAAGCUCCGACGCGCGUUCCCCGAAACUCAAGGGAUCGCGUGGCACCUCUCGGCCCGACGAUGAAGAAGACUCUGCCGUGCAGAAGUCGGCAGAAUCAACGCCCCCGGUUCAAGAAGUCGACUCACAACAAGGGAGUGAAACCGACUCGCCGCGUCCAAAUCGGAAGGACUCGGCGAGCAUUUCAGGGUCCUUCGACCCUUCGCGACCCCAAACUGCCGACAGGCACCCUCCGCCCGCCUCGCCGCCCGCCCUGCUGUCGGAAUCGGAGCUGCGGCUGCAGCGCCAAGAGGCCGAGCGCCUCCUGGAAGAAGCUGUGUCGUCGUGGAAGGAGGCGCAAGAAGUCCUGCAGGAAGUGAAGGAGCUGCAGAGCCAGACACUGCGGCGGCAGCGCCGGAGAACCUACGAAAAGAUGUCGUUGACGGCCGCGGCGGCUGGGUUGCCCAGGGCGACCCCGGCAGCGCCGGCGGCAGAUGAGGACGGCACGCCGAACUCGCCAACAUCCCCCGAGGACGAGUCCGAGACGCCUUGA